GAUGUUUCUUAUUUCAUUCUUUCAGCACACCCAACAUAGAAGACAUUAGAAUACAGCACCAUGAGGACAAACAUGUUGACAAACAAGUGAUUUGUUUCCCAUGAAAGCAAGCUGCUAUUCUGACCCUUGGUGAAAAUUUGGACCCAUCACGAUUAAAUUACACACACUGGGUGAUUUCUCAUCAUGAAUCGUGCUUUUAGUAGGAAGAAAGACAAAACGUGGAUGCAUACUCCCGAGGCUUUAUCGAAGCACUAUAUUCCCUACAAUGUAAAGUUUCUUGGCAGCACAGAAGUGGAGCAACCUAAAGGCACAGAAGUCGUGAGAGAUGCUGUUAGAAAACUUAAGUUCGCAAGACAUAUCAAGAAAUCUGAAGGUCAAAAAACACCAAAGGUUGAGUUGCAAAUUUCAAUAUAUGGAGUGAAAAUCCUAGAUCCAAAAACAAAGGAAGUCCAGCACAACUGCCAACUCCACAGGAUAUCAUUUUGUGCUGAUGACAAAACUGACAAAAGGAUAUUCACUUUCAUAUGCAAAGAUUCAGAAUCAAACAAACACUUGUGCUAUGUCUUUGACAGUGAAAAGUGUGCAGAAGAGAUAACUUUAACUAUUGGUCAAGCAUUUGACCUGGCUUACAGGAAAUUUCUGGAAUCUGGAGGAAAGGAUGUCGAAACAAGAAAACAGAUUGCUGGGUUACAGAAAAGAAUUCAUGAACUAGAAACAGAAAACAUUGAGCUAAAGAACAAGGUACAAGAUUUGGAGAACCAGUUAAGAAUAACGCAAGUGCAAACAUCGCCACUGCUGCUGCACAUAGAGUCUGAUUGUGAACAUGACAUGUUUCAAAGACCCACCACCUUUUUCUGGUGUAGCAAUGAGGAUUCUGCUCCUUGUUUAGAUAUCUCUUCCAUUACACUAACUCCUAUGAACUCUCCUGACUCUAGACACUCAUCUGGACUAUUAACGCCACCACCUACCAAAAGUGGUCUUCCAAAGCCAGUCCAUGAACACAGCAUCCCAAGACCUCGUGCAGGCAGUGUGACACCUAAAUCACCCUCCACUGACAUCUUUGAUAUGGUUCCCUUUUCUCCCAUAUCCCCUCAGUCAUCAACACCUACUCGCAAUGGCACACAGCCUCCUCCAGUGCCCAGUAGAUCUGCAGAGAUCAAGAGAGACCUUUUUGGAGCAGAACCUUUUGACCCUUUUAGCUGCGGAGCAGGAGAUUUCCCUCCAGACAUUCAAUCCAAACUAGACGAGAUGCAGCGUCAGCGAUGGAGGGGUUCAAAAUGGGACUGACUCUGGAAGGCACAGUAUUUUGCCUUGACCCUCUAGACAGCAGGUGCUGAUGCCAAGAAAAGAAACGUGAAAAGAUUAUCGCCAUCUCUCUCUUUUUUUUAGGAGGGGGGGGAGUUUUAAAACGUAUUACAAAUACUGUCAAUGUGCCAAAAAUGUUUUUUUCAACUUGUUCACUUUUGUGAGGUUUGCUUCUGUGAAACUCCAGAUAGGUUCCAGUGUUAUCCCUGUACAAAUGUAAAAAGUCACACGUGUAUAUGAAACCAAAAUGAAAUCACA